CGACCAACAUCUUGGUGCCGCCGCCGCCGCACCUUCCUUCGUGUCCUUGUUGUCGUGCAUAAACCCCUGUACAUAUACCAUGGCACCCCAGUUCAAUGAACCCGCAACCGCCGGCACACCUGCAGGCUUCCCGUCCACCCUCGACUCGACGUCCCACAACGCUUCGACUUCGUUCCUGCAUCACUCGUACGACAAAGUCCUGUCGACGUCGCGGAAGUUGCGCAAGUCGUGCUCGUUGCCAAACUGCUCUCAACGGCCUGGCGAGUGCAUGCAUUGCACAUGUGACGGUCGAUGCGGGCAACAUGAAGGUGGAAAGUGCGGAGUGAGACGAGAAGGUAGUGGCAAGAGCUGCAAGCGCCUUGGUUGCCCCAAGGAUGAGUCUUGUCUGCACAGUACCCGUGCCACGUGCUGUCAUUGCCGCAACCUUGUCUCGUCCCAAAGCCGCAGCAUGAAGGCCAAGCGCGCGACAGACGAGCCUGACUCCCUCCACACAUCGUUAUCCAUGGAUCACCUUUCUCAUGCCUGCCCUGUCCCUUCCUCCAUGGCAACUUCAUCCACCUUCCUCGCUCCGUCGUCCUCCACGAUGAUGCAUUUGUCACAAGCACAACCGGUCAUCCAGGCCACCCCUAAUGUUGUUGCCGCUUCUUCCGCGUUGGAUAUCAAGUCUACCAAGACCUUCCCGAUCGAUAAGAAACGCAAGUUGCCCAGUCCGGUGAAUGCUGUCAAACCGCCUUCCAAGAAACUCAAGCAAACCGCAACUCCCAAGACUCCUCCUUCGGCCCAACAUUCGGCGGCUUCGGUGGGAGUCCCGUCCUUGUGCGAGUACCCCGAGUGGUCCCGGCGUCGGUCUACGUGCAACUUGGUCGUGGUGGUCGAAGGCACGCAGUUCAACCUGCACAAGUUUCCCAUGCUGAUUGCGUGCCCCGAACUCCGCACCAAGCUCCCUUCCCUGUCCGAGUCCUCGGCAUCGUCCGUCACUUUACUCAAGUACGCGCACUUUCCCGGGGGCGCCGCCGCCUUCGAACUCGCGUGCAUCUACGCGUACACGGGUGGCUCCGUAGUCAUCAAUGCGUCGAAUGUGGCGCUGCUCUACUGCGCGGCGCGCGUGCUCAAGAUGCACGUGGGUCUCACCUCGCGGUGCGCGACCUUGCUCGAGACGCUUGCCCACACCGGCAGUGGCGACGACGCAGUCCACAUGUUGCUUCAAGUGGUGGAAAUCCGCAAGUGCCUGCGCAACCAAAGCACGGAUCGCAUGAUGGCGCUGUGUGUCCACGCGAUUGCGAGUCGGUACCCGUACGACGCGUCCACCAUGUCUCUGAUCGUGAAGCUGCCGUUCGACGUGUUCCUCCACAUUACACAGCUCGUCCUGAACGACCGCCCCCACCACGAUGCGACCGCCAACAACGUCGUCGCGAGAUUGUGCGCCCAAGCGCACUUGGCGCAAGUGUUCCGCAGCGCCAAGUCGGCGGACAAGGCGGCGGAGCUCAUCCGCGUGCUCGACGUGUUGCUGUCGUCGGACACGGCCGUGACCAUGCAGCAGCAGUUCCCAUCGACCCACCAACUCCUGGACGACGAUGAGGGCGAGGAGGAAGAAGGGGAAGUCGUGGAAGACGACCUAGAUGGGACGCUGAUGCUCAACAUCCCUCAUGUGAAGAUGGAGAACGAAUGGCUCGCGGCUGCGCAAUUCAUCGCCGCCACCGCGCAAUAGUAGGUCACGGGAGAACGAACAUAGAAAUUAGCAUAGUGAUAGAAAACGUAGAAUUUGUAGCAUACUGUAGUCAAAAGUCAGAGAACUAGAAACGAAUAUUAUUAGAAUAAUUUACCACAGAAUCCAAGGAUUUCCAAUAUUACU